AUAGCACCACUAAAAUGUUAUAAAAAUGGACAUAAAUGAACAAAAUAAUACAUUCGUAACAAAAUUCAACAUAAAUGGUCGAAGUAUUUACAUAAAAGUCUCUUGGAAGGAUAACGAAACCGACGUGUUUCGCUUAAAACUGUACGAAGGAGAACGCACUUGGUCCGGGCGGUUUUCUGUCGAGUUUGCCGAGAAAUACAUGGAGUGUUUUGACGAAACUAAAUCAGAAUACUUGAAAAAUGUUGAGCAGAGUUUAAAAGGUGACAGUGAUGAUUUUACUUACGCUUUUAGUGAGACUGGCGAUGAUGAGGCAACGUUCGUUUGGAAGAAGAAAUAUACAGGUUCUAGUGCAACUAGAAUCCACGGAUCGGUGUCCUUGAAACUGGAGGCUCCUGAAUCCAAAGACGUUUUGAUAGAUUUCUUAUUGGAUGAAAAUAAAUGUUUACAGCAAGCCAUAUCAGAUUUUAAUGUGAAGACCAACAUAUUGACUGGAGAACUAGACAAAUGCAAACAGGAAAUGGAGAAAUAUGUAGAUAUCAAAACCUCUUUAGAGUCUGUGUUGUAUGGAAAGUUUGUUCAGAUAUUGAAUACAAAGAAAAGGAGAAUUGAACUUCUUGAAGAAAAUAUACAGAAGUUCACUCAAGGAAAGAAUGUUUAAACUA